AUGCCCCCAAAUCAAAGAUCACGCUCGCUUCUGCAGAGACAUCGAGGAAAGUUACUCAUUUCGUUGACUGGGAUAGCUGCUUUGUUCACUACAGGGUCGGUGGUAGUGUUCUUCGUGAAGAGGUGGCUGUAUAAACAGCAGUUGCGGAUUACCGAACAGCACUUUAUUAAGGAGCAGAUCAAGAGAAGAUUUGAGCAGACGCAGGAGGAUUCAUUGUACACGAUAUAUGAGCUACUGCCGGUAUGGGAGAUGGUUCUGAAUGAAAGCAAUUUGGAUUUAGAUAGUAUCAUUACUCAAUUAAAGGACCAGAAAAACCAUACCACUAGGGAAAAGUCUGUCAAAAGCAUAGAGAGUUCACCAUUGAAGACGAAAGCUGAAUUAUGGAAUGAGUUGGAACUAAAGAGUUUGAUUAAGCUGACAACAGUGACAUACACAGUGUCCUCAUUGAUUCUUUUAACAAGACUACAACUAAAUAUCCUGACAAGAAACGAGUAUCUGGACUCUGCGAUAAAACUUACCAUGGAGCAAGAAAACUCCAACAAGCUCAACAGCAGGCUAUAUAACUGGGUUACAUCAUGGUGGAGCAAUCCGGAGGAGAAGAUGAGUGAUGCAACGGCAGCAAAAGAUACAAAAAUGGACGGCCAAGAGGUGUAUAUCAACGAGCAAGCCUUCCUGUCACUGUCCUGGUGGAUCUUGAACAAGGGUUGGCUGCACUACAAUGAAAUAAUCACCAACCAAAUCGAAAUUGAGUUUAGCGGCGUAAACCCAAGGGACACUUUAACGCUAGAAGAAUUUAGUUCGCGCCUCACAAAGAUUUUCCAGAAUAUCAAUUCCCAAAUAUUCCAAGAAAACAAUGACAGCCUUCUUUCGAUUUUCCUACCCAAAACCUCUAGCGAGCAAGAGUUCCUACUUUCGCAAACGCUUGAUCCGGAAGCGCUAGAAAGCUUCCACACCAACACCUUGAUUUUCAAGCAACUGAUAAACGAACUGACCCAGUGCAUCGAAAGCACGGUAACAUCCAUAGUGUUGGAAUCGCUGAUAAACGAAUCGUUCCAUUUUAUAAUGAACAAAGUCGGCGCGAAGACCAUGGCCAAGAAGAAGCCGGGCCAAGAGGAUCAGCAAUACUACCAAAUGGCCGUUUUCACCAUGUCAAUCAAGGACUGUUGCCAAGAAAUGCUCCAAACCGCGCCAGGAUCGGCCCACGGUGGCGGCGUGAACGAAUACCUAGCCACUUUAGACUCCGUACAGCCACUGGACGACCUGAGUGCCAGCGUGUACAGCAACUUUGGCGUCUCCAGCUCGUACGGCUUCAAGAGGUGA